GUGAUUGAACACACACACACGCACGCACGCACACACACACGCAGGCUAGCACACCCGAUCACACGCACACAGGAGUGUAGCUGAGUAGCAAGUACUGCAGCAGCGUGCAGCAUCUGCGGCUCAGCCAUUUAGGGAAUGAAGGAAGCAGAUCGCAGGAGGGGAAAUAGUUUGCUACCUUCGACCAGCCUGCUUGUGCACCUUAGCAGAGCAUCAUUAGACAGGACUACAGAUUGACCGGGACUGGCAAGCGGUGGAUGGUCAGGGUUUUUUUUUUUUUUUACCCCCCAGCUGAAGGAUUCUUCUGUGGCUAUGCUACAUCUGCACCUGGCUGGAUUGUAACUGACUUCCGGAGCUUGAAAAUAGCACCGAAGCGUACGAGGAAUCUUGGAUGUGUGUGUGGCAUUCUAUACCAGUGUUGUCACUGGUGCAUUUCCUUUUUUUUUUUUCCCCUGCUGGUUGUUUUUGCCUUCUCAGAGACUGGCUAGCAGGCACUGCAGCAUCAGGACCGCAAGAUCCAUGAAGGGGUAGGGCAUGAGGACCCAGGGGCAACCCUAAGGAAGGGCUUGAGUACUUCCAUUGGUACCACUGCUGAGGUGCUCAUCUUGAUUUUUUUAUGAUUUUUUUUUCCCCAGAAAGGGGUGUCUGGUGGGGGGUUGGUGUAGGUGGUGACAGCACAGGUAACUAGGCCCCUACAGAGCAGAGCGGGUGGCUCUUGCGUAGAGGAGCCAGGCAGGACGUCCUGUGGGAAGGGGGAAGAAGGGCUGACUGGAACGUUGGACUCCUGAUGGUGGCUAUUUUUGUCUCCCCUAGCUGAGCGUUUGGGACAGCAGGUGGAAGAGAAGAUGCUUAUGGCCCGAGACUCGGCCCGGGAUGAGGCUCAAAAGCUACACAGGAAGUGGCUGAAGCACCAGGCCUUUAUGGCAGAGCUGGCCCGCAAUAAGGAAUGGCUGGCCAAGAUAGAACAGGAGGGUCAGGAGCUGAUCCAGGAGAAGCCGGAGCUGCGUCCGGUUGUGCAGCAGAAACUAGAGGAGAUCAGAGAGUGCUGGUCGGACCUGGAGACCACCACCAAGGCCAAGGCCCGCCAGCUCUUUGAGAACAACAAGCCCGAGCCAGCGGUGAAGAGCUACUCGGACCUCGACAGCCAGCUCUCCCACCUGGAGCAGCCCCCCCAGCUGGAACAGGCACACCACCUGCCCACCUUCAAUGAGCAGCUCCAGAAAUUCCAGGCGAUGGAGUCUCAGAUCGGGGACUUCUACAAGGACAUGGGGGAGCUGGGAGGCCUGCAGGGCCUCAGCCUUCCCCAGCGAGGCCUGGUGGCGGGCGACAAGGAGAGCGCUGAGCAGUCGGGCGAGGUGGAGACCCGCAUCGUUCGCCUUAUCGAGCCUCUGAAGGAGCGGCGCCGCAUCCUGCUGGCUUCCAAGGAAAUGCACCAGGUUGCCCAGGAUCUGGAGGAUGAAAUUAUGUGGAUCCAAGAAAGGCUUCCUUUAGCAUCGUGUAAGGAUUAUGGGAAUAACCUCCAGAGUGUGCAGCAGCAUGUCAAAAAACACCAGACGCUUCAGAGAGAGCUGACGGGGCGGCGGGCUCGGAUCGAGGAGGUCUUGGAUCGGGCCGCCAUCAUCGCCUCACUAAGAACUCCAGAGGUUGACUUUGUCCGUGAGGGAGCGGGGCACGUGCGCCAGCUGUGGGAGGUGUUGCAGCUGGAGACGGAGAGGCGCUCGGUGAUGCUGGACGCCGCCCUGCAGUCUCAGCAGUACUACAGCGAGGCCGCUAAGGUGGAGUCGUGGCUGUCGGGGCAGAAGCUCCACGUCGCCAAUGAAGAGAAAGGCACGGAUGAGGCGAGCACCCUGCAGCUGCUGAAGGCUCACCUGGCUCUGGAGCAAACAGUGGAAACGUAUGCAGAGACCGUGGGCAUGCUCUCCCAGCAAUGCCAGCAUUUACUGGAACUGGGACACCCAGAGAGUGAGCACAUCACUAAGCAGCAGUCCCACAUCGACCGACUGUAUGUGUCCCUGAAAGACAUGGUGGAGCACAGGAAAACCAAACUGGAGCAGCAGUACUGGCUCUACCAGCUCAACAAGGAGGUUGAGGAGUUAGAGAAAUGGAUCACCGAGCGUGAGGCCGUGGCGAGUUCCACUGAGCUGGGCCACGACCUUGAGGAAGUGACGGUGCUUCAGGAGAGGUUCACCAAGUUUGCCUCUGAAACCAACAGCGUCGGCGAGCAGCGCAUGGAGCAGGUGAACAAAAUGGUGAACGAGAUGAUCGACUGCGGCCACUCCGACGCAGCCACCAUCGCCGAGUGGAAGGACGGCCUGAACGAGUCGUGGGCCGACCUCCUGGAGCUCAUGGAGACGCGCAGGCAGAUGCUGGCCGCGUCCCAACAGCUGCACAAGUUCUUCACUGACUGCAAAGAGGUCUUGGCUCAGAUCACAGGGAAGAUGAAGCAGCUGCCAGAGGUGAGGGCGUGCCAAGCCAACAUCACCAAUCCAGCCACCCUGCAGAGACUCAUGCACUCCUUUGAGCAUGCCCUUCAACUGCUAGUAGCACAGGUGAGACAACUCCAGGAGAAUGCUGCCCAGCUCAGGACCAUCUACGCUGGCGAAAAGGCAGAGGCCAUCAUGGUGAAAGAGCAGGAAGUAAUGGACGCUUGGAAGGAACUGCUGAGCUCCUGCGAGGCCAGUCGCAUCCAGGUGACCUCCGUGACCGACAAGGUGCAGUUCUUCUCGGUGGUGCGUGAAAACCUAAUGUGGAUGGAAGGCAUCAUGGGACAAAUAAGAUGGGAUGAGCCAAGGGAUCUGACGGCUCUGGAAGUGAUGAUGAAACAUCACCAGGAUCUAAAAGCCAAAGUAGACGGCCGCAGCAAGACCAUCCAACAGUGUGCAGACCUCGGCAAGAUUUUGAUAGCUGCAGGCAACCCGGCGUCAGAGGAGAUACAAGAGAAGUUGGACAGUCUACUCACAAAACAGAAGGAUCUGGUUGAGAAAUGGGACAAACACCAGGAAAGGUUACUACGCAAGCAAGAACACUUCCAGUUUGCCCAGGAGACGGUAAAGGCAGAAGCCUGGCUGAAAGCCAAGGAGCCACUGAUGAGCUCCAAGCAGCAAGAGGGAGAAGAGGCCCAGGCCCAAACAGACGAGGUUGAGCAGCUCAUACUUCGCCACGAGGCCUUCCGCAAGGCCGCUGUAACCUGGAGAGAACGCUUCAGCUCCCUCCGCCAGCUUUCCGCAGCCGAGAAGAAAAAAGAGGAGGAAAAAAAGACAACCCCACUCUCCAGUCGAAGAAUGUUCCCGUUAUCAUGUCUGACUCCCAGUGUCCCUUCAACCAGUGCUACUUCUUCUUACUUGAGGCAGACAAUACAGGCUCAAAUAGAACCCAAACCCUUCCAGACCAGUUUUGACCUGGGUACCAGCUCUGCAACCCAGAGAUUGUCUACAACACUCGCCAGCUAUAAUCCAGUUAUUAACGGUUCAGGCUACCAUGGACUGGAGCAACAGUGCGUUGGAAAAGUAGGACACAACUCAUACCUUGGAAUGAACCAACAGGUGGCUGGAGCUGGAAGUGACUCUGGCUUAUCAGCAUCCCAGAGUGGAGGGGCAGACAGCUCUACUUACCAUGGAAUAAACCACCAAACACCCGGCAGUGCAGAGAGUUCUGGAUACUUUGGAGUGACCACAGGGUGUUUGGGUAGUUUGCAAAAUCAUCUAGGUGCUGGUAAGUUAGGCAGUUCAGGGAACAUAGCUCAGCAGCCAAGCAGUGGCGGUAUGGUAAGCCCUAGCUUUUUGCCUCAACAAAAUAUGGGCAGUUCUGGAUAUUUGGCCCAACCACAGAAUUUGGGAAGUUCAGGAUAUCUUGGACAACAAUCUAAUAUGGGAAGCUCCGGAUAUUUGGCACAGCAGCCUAAUCUGGGGAGCACUGGGUAUUUGGCCCAACAGUCGAAUUUGGGUAGUUCUGGGUAUUUGGCACAGCAGCCUAAUCUAGGGAGUUCUGGAUAUUUGGCACAACAGCCUAAUCUGGGUAGUUCUGGGUAUUUGGCACAACAGCCUAAUCUGGGUAGUUCUGGGUAUUUGGCACAACAGGCUAAUUUGGGGAGUUCAGGAUAUCUACCGCAGAAUUACCAGGGCAGUGGUGGAACGGGAAGCUCGGGCUUUUUGGCACAAAAUCAUUACAGCAGCGGUAGUCUGGGCAGCUCUGGUUUCCUGGCCCAGAGUGGAGGCAUCAUGGACCCUAAAAUGGCAUACGCAUGGCAGCACCUGAAAGCUGACUUCAUGCAGCCCAGGAUCAACCACAUCCACAAAGCUAUAAAUCCUCUCUUAGAGGCCAGUAGACUGCAGCGAGAACAGUUCGGAGACAUCCCAAUGGCAGAUAUGGUGGGACCAGAAUCAGGACUGGAGCUUCUCCACGGCCGUCUCCAGAGGGAUCCCCGCGGCAGUCGCUCAGAUCCACAGAUGGAUCAUCUGAGGCGGGAAAGGGAGUACAAGCUGGGCAGACAGACCUCUAGUGAACAGGAAAUCCAGGCCAGGCUGAAUGAGCUACCGCUGAUAGUGCGGCAAGAACGCUACAGGAGGCGCAUAGAGCGGCAGUCGUCCAGUGAACAAGAGGGGAGCAACAAGCAGAGGAUACAGAGACAGGACUCCAGUGACAUGGAGGGCUCUGUGAAGGACGGCUCUGACAAACGCUCAGGGGAGAAGAGAUCUACGAUGGCAGAAAUUGUGGAACAAGUCCAGGAAAGAGAGGCGGCACAUGCACGUGGCGAGCCUUAUCGUCCUCCUAGCAGCCUCUCAGCACCUGUAACUCGUUUUGAUGGACGCCCCCGCGCCCGAGACCGUCCCAAGCCAAGGAGGCGGCCCCGUCCAAAAGAGCCUGAGACUACUCGUCGUUCUCGUUCGGCCCCGGCAACAGGUGCCCCAACCACACCUCAGCCUCCAUCACACACUGCCCAAAAUGAAGGCUUCCUCUACCGUAAAAAGGCCACCAGCACUGACCUUGAAGCUCAGCAGAGGAGCCCUAACAGCAAAUCAUGGGUGAACGUAUACUGUGUGCUGAAGGAGGGAAAGUUGACUUUCUACAAGGACACUAAGAAUCUGACUGCAACAUACAACGGGGAGCCUUCUGUUGACAUGAGUGACUGCAAAUUUGAUCCUUCAAUGGGCUACAAGAAGAAGAAAAAUGUCUUCAUACUUCAAGUAAACGAUGGAACCAACUUUGUAUUCCAUGCUAAAGAUGAGGAGGACCUGAAGGCGUGGACCUCAAGUAUCUCCACAAGUAUUGCUGAGCAUGACGACCUGGCCAAGUGGGACAAACCUGGCACCUCGUCCAUGGACCCCGAUCGCUCGGAGAGGAAGGAGAAGUCAGAGGGGGACGCGGAUGCCAGGUCAGAGAGGUCCGAGCUGGUGGAGGGGGAGGAGAGGUCCGAGAAAGGCGAGGGCUCCGAAAAGCUAGACACAUCUGAAAUUGCUGACAAGCUGGAGGGUGGGGCGGGGGGCUCCAGCACAUCUGGCAGGAGCAAAUGAUCAAUCCCUUUGUGUUAUCAUGUUAUUGUUAAAUGUCACCAACAAAAGGCAAAGGAAGCAGGGGGUGGGAGGGAGGGAUAGGUGGAGAGCAUGUUUGCAGACCCUCUGUCACAGAGGCUAAAAACCCUCUGAGGCCUCGGUUCCUGGACUGACUGCUGUAACUGUGACCAGACUAAUCUCUCAGCCCCUCCCCUUCACCCGGGCAAUACAUCCGUGCUUGCAUAGUGCCACCUGCUGGUUGAUAACGGAGAUCAAGUCCAGACAGACAGACAGACAGUCUCCAACAAAUUGUCCCAGGAAUUAGUCACUGUCACUUUCCAUUGCUGAUUGUUUGAUCUAAUGAAUUCACAGCAUCUUUCUGUAUGUAUCUCUGAAAAUGUAAUGCUCUGUCUAACGAGACAAAUCCGAGAAGCGGUGAAUGAAAUGUUUCACGUCAAUAUGGAGGAGAAAAAAAAUGGGUUUUUUUGGGGGGGUUUUUGUUUGUUUUUUGAAGCAAUAUACUUUGUUUUUAUUUUUCCUCUUUGCCAAUGAAACAAAGAGGGGAUGAAACAAAAAGUCAUUUAAAAAAAAAAAAGCUACGAUUUGUCUCUUAAA